UUCGCUCUGCGAACUUUUCACGCAAUCUAUACGUGUCAGUUUUCAGGCAGCUACGACGCUUAGUUUGUGUUUGGCGAGCGAAUGAGCAAGACGUACUUCAGUGUGUCAGGCGAUUUUUUCUGUGGCGAAAUGUCGGAUCAGAGAGUUUGUCUGAAAUUUUGUGUUAAAAACGGAAUUAAGUGCAGCGAAGCGUUCAAAAUGUUAAAGAAGAAGCCUUUGGCGACGAUACCAUGUCACAAUCACGAGUUUAUGAAUGGUACAAACGCUGUCACGAAGACCGAGAAGACAUCGAAGAUGACGCGAGGUCUGGACGUCCUAGCACGUCCACUAGUGAUAAAAACGUGAAAAAAGUUAAAGAGAUUGUGCCUGCUAAUAGAAGAAUCACCAUUAGAGAGGUUGCUGAAGAAAUAGGAAUUUCAUACGACUCAUGCGAAGCGAUUUUUACUAAUGUUUUGAACAUGAAGCGAGUGACGGCAAAAUUUAUUCCGAAACUGCUGAAUUUUCAACGAAAACAGCAUCGCGUAACCAUCGCAAAACCAACUUAUUCUCCAGACAUGGUCCCCUGUGACUUUUUUCUAUUUCCCAAACUCAAAAGGACAACAUUUUUCAACAAUAGAUGGGAUAAAGGUGAAAUCGUAGAUCCAGCUCAAGACAAUACCUAAAGAGGCGUUCCACCAGUGUUUCUCAAACUGGAAACUACGUUGACAUAAGUGUAUAAUAUCACAGGGGAACUACU